AUGGCCACAUGCCAGGAAGACGACGACGCGCCCCCGUUCACCUACCAGGAAGCCCUUGCCCGGCUCGCGCAACUGCAGUCCAACCACUCCGUCACCUCCCUCUUCACCCCGCCAGCACCAACACCACCCAAACCCGGUGGAGAUGCAGCUUCAACAACAAGAGCUGACAUGAACGCGGCCGCAAUCCCGGAGAUGCUCUUCUGGCUCGCCCGCGCAGGCUACCCGCCGACCUCCCUGACCUCACCCCGCGGCCCGGCCUUCCGCUGCGUGCAUGUGGCGGGGACAAAGGGCAAGGGCUCCGUGGCCGCGCUGACGGCGUCCAUCCUGCAGCAGUAUGUUCCGCACAAAACAGGGCUGUAUACCUCGCCGCACGUGCUCAGCCCGCGCGAGCGCAUCGUGCUGGACGGGCAGCCCGUCUCGCGCGACGUGUUUGCGCGCGGCGUGGCGCAGGUCUGGGGAAGGCUGACGAGGGCUGCGAGGGAGGAGCUGGUCGCUGCUAGGGCUAAAAGGAUACAGGAAGGGAUUGGGAGUGAUGAUGAUGGGAUGGAUGACCUUGACCUUGACCUUGCCCUGGACGGGCCGGGAACCAAGCCGUUCUAUUUCCGCUUCCUGACCAUUCUCGCUGUGCACCUGUUUGUGACGCGCGGUGUGGGCGACGCGGUCAUUGAGUGCGGCAUUGGCGGCGAGUACGACGCCACCAAUGUGAUACCUGCUGAGAUGGUAACCGCUGCCGUGGUGACUCAGCUCGGGCUGGACCAUGUGGGUAUGCUGGGCGGCACGGUCGAGGAGAUUGCCUGGCAUAAGGCGGGGAUUUUUAAAAGGGGCGUCAAGGCAUUCACGCGGACGCUGCCGGGGGAGGCACAGAGGGGUGUCAUGGAAGUGCUACGCGCCAGGGCGAGGGAGAAGGAGGCUACGCUGGUCGAGGUGACUGAUGAGGAGGUGGAACGGUGGAAAGGUGUGCUAGGGGCAAAGCUCCAGGGGCCGUUCCAGAAGUAUAACAUGGCGCUGGCCGUGUAUGCCGCCAGGGAACACCUCCUCAAAACGGGCGUUGCGUUGGAGGGGAAGUUUGGGACGGAGGACUGGUCAUUGGACGACAUACCGGAGCGGUUUGUCAAGGGCCUGAGGGAGGCUUCCUUACGAGGGCGGUGCGAGGUUGUGCAGGAUGCGGAUGGCAUCGAGUGGUACCUGGAUGGAGCGCAUACAGACGACAGCCUUGCCGGCGUCGGCGGGUGGUUCGCGAGCCAAACCAAGGGCGAGGACAAGGUUCGGGUGUUGCUGUUCAACCAGCAGGAGAGGCAUCCUGCGCCGUUGCUGAAGGCACUGGUUGGGGGGGCACAGAGCGAAGCAAAUACAGCGCCCAUCUUUACACAGGCAAUCUUCACAAGAAACGAGGAGGACAAACCGGCCGACGGCGAGGUCCGGGAUCUGUCUGUGCAGAACCAGGCGAGAGACGCAUUCCGUGAGGUUGAGGUCAACACGAGCGAAGUGGCGGUGCUGGAUGCUGUGCAGCCCGCCAUCGAGCGCAUCAGGGAGAUUGCUCUCCAGGCAAGAAAGGAGGGCAAGACGUGCAAGGUCCUAGUCACGGGGAGCUUCUACCUCCUGGGUUCGGUGCUCAGAAUUAUAGAGCACGCUGAUAAUUGA